GCAGCUGUUCGCACCAUUUUGUGAUGAACCCGACGAGAGAAGACCGACAGUGUAGUGUAGAUAGAUGUGUAGGUAGAUUGUCGCCAGUUUUCUCGAGAAUUUAAGUUACUAAAGGGUCCUACUUAAUACAAAGGGGGUAAUAUAAAUACGACUUUACGAGAAGUUUGGUUUCGAUCAGCUAGCUUUUAGAGAUCAGCUGAGUCAGUUAGCUAGCCUAGUCAGCGCGUGAGCCGAGCAGCUCCUACAGCUGCGACAGAUUAAAGCAUUAAAAUCCAGAUUCUCCAACAAAAGAGCAAGCCGGCGAGUGUGAGAAGAAAAAUGAGUUCCCCCUCGACUCAAAAAGUCGUGCUGAAAAGCACCACCAAGGUGUCGCUGAACGAGCGCUUCACUAACAUGAUGAAGAACAAGCAGCCGACCGCGGUUAGCAUCCGGGCGACCAUGCAGCAGCAGCACAUGGCCAGCGCAAGGAACCGGCGUCUCGCCCAGCAGAUGGAGAACAGGCCGUCGGUGCAGGCAGCACUGCAGCACAAACAGAGCCUGAAGCAGCGGCUUGGGAAGAGCAACAUUCAGGCGCGGCUGGGUCGUCCCAUCGGCCCGCUGAUGCGGGGAGGCGCCGGAGGACGUGGCUUCGGCGUGGCAGGAAUGCGCGGAGCUAUGCGAGGCCUCAGAGGACGAGGAAGAGGAGGCGCCAUGAGAGGAGCGCUGGCUCUUAGAGGUCAGCUGAAGGGCCGAGGUGGUCCGGGGCGUCCAGGUCUUCGCAAGGGAAUGCGCCAGCGAGGAGGAGCCACGGGUCGAGGAGCCGCUCUGACUGGCCGAGGAGCAGCACGUGGAGGAGCCGGAGCCCGUGGUCGCGGAGGUCUGCGCGGUCGUGGCGGUUUCCUUGGAAGAGGCCGCGGUCGAGGCCGAGGCAGGGGAGCAGGACGUCCCGUCGUCACCAGAGAACAGCUGGACAAUCAGCUGGACGCCUACAUGUCCAAAACCAAGGGACAUCUAGACGCAGAGCUGGAUGCGUACAUGGCCCAAGCUGACCCGGAGAGCAUGGAGUGAUCUGCGAAUGUAUACACUGAAAUCUUCAGUCAGAUAGGCAUCUAGUUACAGGCAUUAUAUUUCCUGAAUGUCCAUUUUUAAUCGAAAAUGCUAUUUACACUGAACUUUCUACAAAGUGAUGAGAUAUAUGUGGCGAGAGCUGUCCGACGUUGAGCUCCACACGCUUACUUUACUGAUUCGAGUGAAAAAGGAGCACCUUUUUAUACAGCCUAGGCUCAUUUUAGUGUCCACACAGUGCCCAUAGAAAUGCUGGACAGUGGACAUCGAGCUCCCCUGACAUGGACCCCUUCACAAAACAGACUUUUUGCCCUGUGUGUGUUUUAUUAAAGCUGGACUUUGGGGAAAAUGUUGUUUAGUAUUAUUAAUACUGAUCUACUCUAAAAUCGAACCAGAUUUGUUUUGGCACACGCUGUUCCUGAUAACAUUGUGCUACGAACACGUUUCCCCCUUCGUCUUCUAUUUUAUUGUGAUUUUUAAAUGGUCAAGUCAUACUCAUGGAUUCGGGUCAUGUGAUUACUGCAGUUGUUUGUGUAUAAAAAAAGAAAAAGAAAUUCACUACAAAACACCUUUAUUGUAGUUCAACAGCCAUUUUUACUUUCUUUUAAUAAAUAUUGGCCAUGAUGGAUAAGAA